CCGGAUGUUAGGCGAUGCGCCGGUCUCGGCCGGCUUGACUGUCCUUCGUGCAAAAGUUCCUCUUCCCGGUACCGAAGGGAAAACGGAGGACGCCACGUCUGGUUCCUCCGUCCCCGCGUUGGAAGCGGCGCCCCGUGGACCCGACAUGCCUCCCGGUUUCUGGUCCGGACAGCGAGGAGAAGAACGGUAGUCCGCGGUGACGUCACGCCCAGCUUUAGCGGUGACGUCACGCCCGGCCCCAGCCGCCCGGCGCGGCCCGCAGCGAUGGCGUUCUUCGCCAAGAAGAAGAAGUUCAAGUUCCAGACGCAGCUGACGCUGGAGGAGCUCAGCGCGGUUCCGUUCGUCAACGGGGUUCUGUUCUGCAAGAUCCGCCUGCUGGACGGAGACUUCGUGGCGACUUCUUCCAGACACGAGGUCCACGAGAACUGUGUUCGCUGGAGGAAGAGGUUCUCGUUUGUGUCCAAAAUGAGCGCCAACCCCCACACGGGGGUCCUGGACCCGUCGGUCUGCAGAGUGUCCGUCAGGAAGGAACUCAAAGGAGGAAAAGCGUACUCGAAGCUGGGCUUCACAGACCUCAACAUGGCGGAGUUCGCCGGCUCCGGCUCCACGGUGCGCUGCUGUCUGCUGGAGGGAUACGACACCAAGAACACGCGGCAGGACAACUCCAUCCUGAAGGUGACCAUCGGGAUGACCCUGCUGUCCGGAGAUCCCUGUUUUAAAACGCCUCAGAGCACUGCCAAGUGCAUCUCCAUCCCGGGACGAGAGCACACGCUGCAGCUGGACUGCAAGGGGGAGGGAACGGCCCAGCCCGGGCCGGCGGGCGGGGUUUCUCUGGGCCGAGCCUCCAAGCCACGCCCCUCCAUCGUCGGCUCAGGUCUCCUCGAGGAGUCCCAGUCGAGCCCGCUCGGCGCUGCAGAACUCUUCCAGUCGGGCCACUCUCGCACCUCCAGCUACGCCAGCCAGCACAGCAGGAUCUCAGGCUACAGCACCGAGCACUCCUGCUCCUCCAGCCUGUCGGACCUCACGCAUCGCAGGAACGCCUCCACGGGGAGCAGCGCCUCGGGGGGGUUGUGUUUCGCUUCCGACCCGACUGGAGACGGCGAGAAGGACGCCGGACGUCCCGAGAGACCCCCGAGACCCCCGAGACCUGUGCUGCCCUCCAACAGGCCCCCCAGGUGCAGACGCCGGUCCUCUGGUCCUUGUGUCGCCGUGGCCGACUUGGUCUCCGCGGGCGGCUACGAGCCCGUCGUCAUCGAGAUCCACUGA